CUGUCUGUCUGUCCUGUUUCAAACUGUGGUCUCUUGUUGUUACUUUCCAUUCUCUCCCACACAACACAAACACAAACACAGUUCACACUUUCUCAAACAACAAAGAGAAAGAGAAAGAGAAGGGUCAAAUAGUUGUUUUUCCCUCCACAAAUUCACUCUCUUAUCUUUCACUGUUUUUUCAGUUUCACUUCACAACAACAACCAUGGACGUUGUAGGUGCUCCGUACAAUCCUCGUACUGUCGAAGAAGUCUUUCGAGAUUUCAAAGGUCGCAGAGCUGCCUUAAUCAAAGCCCUCACCACCGAUGUCGAUGUAUUCUACCAGCAGUGUGAUCCUGAGAAGGAAAACCUUUGCCUUUAUGGAUUUCCAAGUGAGCAGUGGGAGGUGAAUCUGCCAGCUGAGGAAGUACCGCCUGAGCUUCCAGAGCCAGCAUUGGGUAUUAACUUUGCUAGAGAUGGAAUGCAAGAAAAGGAUUGGCUAUCUUUGGUUGCCGUACACAGUGAUGCUUGGUUGCUUUCUGUGGCCUUUUAUUUCGGUGCUAGGUUUGGAUUUGACAAGGCUGAUAGGAAGCGACUAUUUAAUAUGAUCAAUGAUCUUCCAACAAUCUUUGAAGCUGUUACAGGGUCUGGCAGGAAACAAGGAAAGGAAAAGUCAGUUUCUAAUAAUAGCAGUACCAAAUCCAAAUCAAACUCUAAGCAGCGAAGUUCUGAACCUCAGCCAAAGUUUUCAAAACCAAUGGCAAUGGCAAUGCAAAUGCAGUCAAAGGAUGAGGUUGAGGACGAGGAUGGUGUAGGUGUGGACGAGGAAGAUGAGGAAGAACACGGAGAGACUUUGUGUGGGGCAUGUGGAGACAGCUAUGCAGCUGACGAGUUUUGGAUUUGCUGUGACAUAUGUGAGAAAUGGUUUCAUGGAAAAUGCGUGAAGAUUACUCCGGCAAGGGCUGAGCAUAUCAAACAGUACAAAUGUCCAGCUUGCAGCAACAAGAGAGCUCGCCCUUGAAGACAAUGGAUAUAGGUGUGUAGAUUGGUGACUGUAAUCUUCUCAAUUUUAUGACCACUAAUUUGUUCAGUUAAUCAGGUUUAUUUGUCUUGCCUUUAAUUUAAGGUAUGUUAUAUUAAUUAGGUGUUUGUGACACUAUCGAAUUGUUCCGAAUUAGGAUAUUUAUGUCAGAAACAGACUUAUAUAUUGUUCUGUUGUGUUUCCUUAAGUUUUAAUGUAGUAUGUAAUUGUACUUGGUGUUUAUAUUUUAGUAAAUUUCAUGUUAUCCGCCA